AUGAACGUAAAGUUAUCAAAGCGAGAAAAUACGACGGCGAAAUCUGUCAAUGAUAUGGCCAGUCAAUUUCCUAAAGUUUUUCAAGGGCUUGGUUGUUUCAAGAAACCCUAUCAUAUCCAAGUGGACUCGAAAGUUACUCCAGUUGUGAGCACAUUGAAGAGUCAACCGGUAGCGCUGAGAGAUCGACUUAAACAGUCCGUGGAUGAAAUGGAAGCAGAUGGGGUAAUCGAGAAAGUCGAUCAAUUCUGUUGUAGUGGUAAUGAAACCUAACAGCAACAAGUUACGGAUUUGCCUAGACCCAAGACCAUUAAACUAAGCGAUCCAGAGAGAGCACUACACGAUGCCAACCAUUGAAGAAAUAACGUGUCGCAGGAGCUACGGUGUUUUCGAAGUUAGACGCUAACCACGGCUAUUGGCAAGUCGCAUUAGAUGACGAAAGCCAGUUGCUAACAACGUUUAACACGGAAUUUGGUCGAUAUUGCUAUAAGCGAAUGUCUUUUGGAAUUAAGUCCGCCCAGGAAGUGUUUCAGAAGCGUAUGAGCCAAUCAUUCGGUGAUCUCGAAGGCGUAGAGACCGACGUUGACGAUAUCUUAGUUUGGGGUACCACAACCGAAGAACAUGAUCAGCGUCUGAAGUAUACUUUACAGCGGUGUGAAGAAAUCAACCUUACCCUAAACCAGAGGAAAUGCGAAUUUGGUACAACUGAAGUCGUGUACAUUGGUCAUAAACUAACCGCAGAAGGGGUUAAACCAAUCGAGUCACUUCACCUUCUUGCAAGAAAGUCGCAGAAUGGUCAACUGCGAAAUUUAUCCCCAACAUGUCUACUAUCACCGACCAGACUAAAAUCGUGA